AUGUCACAAUCAACCACCGAGAAUAAGAGCUAUGAGGAUCUCCAGACGGUAUUCACCGGUCGCAUGCGAUCACUGUCAAAUUCAUUUAGUAGGGAUGUUGGUGAGCUUUGGAGAAAGACAUCCUUGCAAUCUCUGUCGGUGUUGUGGAAUGCCAAUGACCCUGUAAAGGGAGACUCUAAUAAUAUAGCAUCUAGCGCCGAACUGAGCUCUGCUAGCUCGUCUAGCUCGUCAUCGUCUACUCUGGUGUCUAGUGCAACAUCAGCUUGGGGUGUGGUGGGCAACAACGACUGCAAGGGUAGCUCAGCUGCUUCCCUCCCUGCCCUGGUCAAAGUGAAGACAGUAAUGGAGAAGCAGGGAUCUAUAGUCGAUAUUGUCUCAUCGCCUCCCGUGUCGCCAUCGAUGCUCCAUCCAGACAGUCUGAUGAAUCGCAGGUCUAGAUCUAGCUCGACUUCACACCAGCGACGUAAAGAGUCAUUGAGUCUACCGGCUCCUAUAAUGCUGACGCCACCCAUCACGCCUGAAAGACUGCCGGUCGUCGAUGCUGUAGUAUCUGAUACCACGGAAAUAGCUCCUUUGGCAGAGGCUAAUCUGGCACAUUGCAACCCCGACAAUAAACCUCCUCUGGCAGGAUCUGUAAAUAUAGCUAAUGCCGAAACUGUAAAUAAUACCAUUGACGCAUCUGCAAGCACGGCAAACAAGUUUGAGGGGAUAACGAUAACCCAACGACCAAGCACUGAAACACCCAUACAAGACUAUAAACACGAAGAUAUCCUAAUCGCAGCUACUGAAAUCGAUGAAAUAAUACUGUGCCCUGAAUCGCCAGAUAGUCCUAAUAGCCCUAGUAAUUCGGAUGCACCGCCAACACCCAAACUGAAUUUUUGGAGAAGGUCGCUGUUGAGUAUAUCAACAGUAUCUAUUAAAUCACCUCCAACUAGUACUAAUAAUAGUAAUAUGUCGCCGUUAUCUACACCACAAUCAACACCAGCAUCUAGUCCCAUUUUGGAAGACGCUGACUCACCGACCAAACCGGCCUUAUCUAGAGACGAACUCCUGGCUCGCACCGACCAAUUCGGCUUUGUAAUGUCGACUACAGCAGUGGAUGAAGGCUCACGUGCUCCAUCGUCUAAAGACGUGUCUCGCUCCAUGAAAUGGAAAGCCAUGGCCAUACCAGUCAAAUCCGAAACAAAUGCACCCUUUAUGAAAUACACAUUCCCAACAUCCGAGAAACUCAUCCGUCGAUGCUCAAAAGGAAUCCCGCAUGAAUGGCGCGGCGCCGUGUGGUACUGGCUAAUCACGUCGUCAUCGGGACUCUACAGUAGCGAUAUUACCGUCGACGAACAGAUCCGACUCGAACAUGAGCUGUUGGCCGAGUAUCAGGACUUCCAGACACGGACUUGGGAGUACGAUUAUCAUAUCUCGCUGGAUAUACCACGAACGUUCCCAAACCAUUAUUCGUUUAUGGGAGGAAGCAAGAAGGGACAGAAGACGCUGUUUAGGUUGAUGAAGGGGUUGUCUCAGAAAUAUCCGAAUAUUGGAUACGUGCAGGGCAUGUGUCUUAUAGGAGCUACGUUGUUACUCGUUAUGAGUGAAGAGAUGGCCUAUAUUGCUCUCGUACAUCUCUUCUCUGACAAUCCUAAAAACUACUACCGGCUCAACCACCUAUACAGUCCUGGCUUCCCGGGCCUAAUGGAAACAGAUCGCUUGAUUGAUGCUUUGACUGAUAUCUAUUGUCCACGCAUUCGAGACCGCCUCCGUGCCCUCGGCAUCGAUUCCAAGAUCUUCACAACGAAAUGGGUCGUGACGCUCUUCAUCGGGUGCUGUAACUUGAAUCCGCAUCGUGAGAGUGAUCCCUCAACCGAAGGGCUAUUGCCGUUUCGUGUAGUAUUGCGCAUCUGGGAUUUAAUCUUUCUGCAUGGCUGGGACAUGCUGCCCGUUUGUGCAGUGUCUAUACUCAAGUGGUAUGAGGUGGCAAUCCUCAGUCUCGACCCAGAAGACUACGAAUCCCCUCUCGCAAUCCUCCUCAACAACCCGCAACAAACGUACCCAAGCUCCUUCACACAAGGAAAGGCACGAUUCUCAGCAUUACCCGCUGCGCUAACCAAUCUGCUAUCACCUACUGGACCACCUACUGGAUCACCUGUAACGCCUCAUCGAGGAACCAGUAAAUAUACCCCACAGUUUGCUAAUGCAGAUGCAGAUAUCUUUAUAAAACUUGUAAGAAAGAUAUGGGAUGGUGGACAUCCCAAGGGCAGUUUGCAGAUUAAUGGACGGCGGCUGGUUAGGAGGUACCGAAGCUGGUGGAAACUGGCUCCUCCUCCAGAUCUCGUUGAUAAUGAAUAA